AGGAAGUGACUGCCGGCAGCUCCUGACCCGGAAUCGGAUCCUGGUCCCGCCCCCUCCGCCAGGCUUCGUUCUGCAACAGGCGUGGGUCACGCUCUCGCCAGCUCUCUUUCUGCCGCCAUCUUGGUUCCGCGUUCCCCGCACAAAAUGCCCGGUGAAGCCACAGAAACCGUCCCUGCUACAGAGCAGGAGUUGCCACAGCCCCAGGCUGAGACAGCUUUGCUUCCUGUGUCUUCAGCCUUGAGUGUCACUGCUGCUUUAGGGCAGCCUAAACCUACCCCUACCCCUCCUUGUUCCCUGGCCUCCCAGCAAUGCCCUCUGGCAACCCCUAACCAGCCUUCCUCAUUCCUUUCUCCCUCUACUAUUGCCUCAACCCCUUUUGAAGCUCCUUUUCCUGAGUCAUCCACUGGGACAGCCCUGCCUUUGGGAGCUGCCCCUCCCCCCACUGGCACCCCAGCUUUCCUACCAAACCUAAUAGGGCCUCCCAUCUCCCCAGCUGCCUUAGCUCUGGCCUCUCCCAUAAUAACUCCAACUCUGAAAGGUGUUCAUUCCUCUUCAGCUCCCUUGGCUCUGGUGGCCUUGGCUCCCCACUCAGUUCAGAAGAGCUCUGGCUAUCCACCUAACCCUCCUAGUUCACCUCCUUCGGUUGCUGUGAUUGAGUCAGGGUCAGUGACGUCUCUAUCAGCUCCAGUUGCUUCCUCAGAACCAAAGCCCUCUCCUCUUCAAGCUCCCUCUCAAGUAGUCCCUAAUCCAAAAGGUACCCCCAGCCCUCCAGGUAUAGUCAGUGCUGUUUCUUCCCAUCUUGUAACUCCUUUGGUUUCUCUUCAGUCUGGACUAGCCUCAUGUCCUCAGACGCCACCUGCCACUCCCUUAGCCAUUCCUUCCCCUCAGGUCAAAGGCAUCCCUAUUUCCUCAGCUCUGAGUUCUCCACAAAACCCUGCAAGCCUCAGCCUAAAGGGACCCCUUAGUCCACCUGCUGCUUUAUCUCUUUCAACUCAGUCUAUUCCUGUGGCUCCUCAUGCCCCCCCAGUUUUUCUCACUUCUCUUGGUUCUCCUGUUCAACCUUCAGGUUCUAAUAUUCUGUCAGAUCCCAUAGAGGAUACUGUUUCUGUAGAUCAUUCUUCCACGGGUACCUCUUACCCUUCUCAGAGAUCUCUAAUUUCUCCCCUCCUUUCCAAAAAUGAGGUGGUUCCUACUGCUGAGGCUGCAGUAGGGGGGGGAGCAGCCCCCCUACUGUUGGAAGUUGGGGGAGCUCCAACUUCCCCUCUGGCUCUGUCUGCUGACAAAGGCCUCUCUACUAUCACUGACAUAGCCUCUUCCAAUGUAGCUACCUCUUCUCUGAUAUCUCCUACAGCCUCUCUGAUUCUCAAAGACUCUCCUAGUGCUGCUCAUCAACCUUUGGUGGCCCAGAUUCUUGGUUCUUCUCCAGGGAGGCCAGGCUUGAAAGAAGCUCCUGUUUCUUCUGUUGGAACCACCCCACUUGGGAUGGCUAACUCCUCUACAGUUUCUGCAGCAUCUAUUACCUUUGAGGUAGCUACUUGUGUCUCUCUUCCAGUUUCAUCAGGUCCCAUGAGCAGUAAGGACUCAGUUUCCCAAACUGCCUUGGUUAUGGCGCCUGUGGCUCCCAAAGAGCUUCCUACUCCUCAAGUAACCACCACUCUGGGGAUACCUGUCUCUCAACCUCUGCCAGCCCCCGAGAACCCCAAAAGUCUCCCUGUUUCACCAGCCCUGGCAGCCCCUAAAAAUCUCCCUUCUCUCCAAAGUACAUCAUCUUCUCUGGAGAUAGCUCUUUCUCCUGAAGCCACCUUAGCAAAGAAAAGCUUCCUAGAGCCUCUCCCUCUAGUUAAGCCAGCCAGUACUACUACCUCUUCUCUGGGAGUCAACUCCCCAACCUCUAUAAUCAAGACAGAUUCUUAUGCAAGCCCAGAUCCAACUAGUCUGCUUCUCAAAAGUUCUCUCACUACCCCAAUUGUAAGUACAUUUCCUUUGGAAAGCACUGCCAUUGAUGGGAUGGCUCCUACAACUGCCAAAGGUACCUCCACUCCUAUACCUGUAGCCAGUCCUUUUCUAGAAGGAGCUGUCUCUUUAGAUUCUAAAAGCCACCCUGCCAAGAAGAGUACUUCCACUCUUACUACUUUACCUUUGGUCCCUCCAACCUCUGAAAGUUGCCCUCUGGCUCCAGCUGUGACUUUAUCUCCCCAGAAUGUUUCUGCUUCUCCAGCUGCUGUGGCACAGGUCCCUGAAAUUCCCAAGUCUGAGUCUUUUCCCCCUCUUCCUCCAGCUGGUACUCCUCAAGGUGCAAAGAAAGUUCAUGGUAUUUCUCAAACUUCAGCAUUGGCACCUGUGGCUUCCUCUCCUGAAGGGUACCCAACUGAGGAUUCUGGUGCUUCUGUUACUGCAUCUUCCAAAGGAACUUACCUAACUGACUCCCCAUCUCCUUUAGGGACUAGUGUGUCUCCUCAAACCAAAAGAACUCCAACCAAGAAGGGUUCAGCUACUACUACCUUAAGUCUUGCUCCUUCUGUUUCUAAAAGUGUACCUGCUAUCCCUGAUACUCCUGCUGGAAAUCUGUCAUUCACUGUUUCUCCAGUUGAACCUUCCUCUCUUCCAGAGGCCAAUCUUUCUUUUCAUGUCCGUAAAGGAUCACUAGCCAAGAAGCAUUCCCCUACUCCCCCAUCCCCCAAAGAGGCUCCCAUUCCCCUACCUAUGUCUUCUCCUUCCCCCAAAGCGGGGCCAGCAACCCCAUCCCCUAAAGAAACCCUAACUCCUCCAGCUGUGACUCCUUCCUCCCCCAAAGGAGCCCCAGCAACUCUGUCUCCCAGAGAGUCCCCAGCUACCCCAUCUCCCAAAGAGGCCCCCAGUCCCUCAGUUGUGGCUCCUCCUUCCCCCAAAGGGGGACCAGCAACCUCAUUACCUAAAGAGACCCCCACUCCUCCAGCUGUGACUCCUUCCUCCCCCAAAGGAGCCCCAACUACCCCACCUCCCAAAGGAGCCCUUACUUCCCCCAAAGGGGGCCCAGCAACCCCAUCUCCCAGAGAGCUCCUCACUCCAUCAGCUGCGGCUCCUCCCUCUCCCAAAGGGGGCCCAGCAACCACAUCUCCCAAAAGAGCCCCAGCUACCCCACCUCCAAAGGGGGGCUCCACUCCCCCAGCUGUGGCUCCUCCCUCCCCCAAAGGAGGCCCAGCAACUCCAUCUCCCAAAGAGGCUCCUGUUCCCUCAGCUCUGACUCCUUCCUCCCUCAAAGGGACUCCAGCCCCCAUAAGAGCUCCAGCUAUCCCACCUCCCAGAGAGGAUUCCACUCCCCCAGCUGUGGCUCCUCCCUCCCCCAAAGGAGGCCCAGCAACUCCGUCUCCCAAAAGAGCCUCAGCUGCCCCACCUCCCAAAAGAGAUUCCACUCCCCCAGUUAUGGUUCCUCACACCCCCAAAGAGGCCCCAGCAACUCCACUCAAAGGAGCCUCCACUCCCUCAGCUGUGGCUCCUCCCUCUCCAAAAAAGGCUCCAGCAACUCCAUCACUCAAAGGAAUCCCCACUCCCUCAGCUGUGGCUCCUCCCUCCCCCAAAGGGGGCCCAGCAACUCCAUCUCCCAAAAGAGCCCCAGCUACUUCACCUCUCAAAGGAGACCCUACUCCCCCAUCUGUGGCUCCUCCCUCCCCCAAAAAAGCCUCAGCAACUCUGGUCCCCAAAGAGUCUCCAGCAACCCCAGACCCCAAAGAAGUCCCCACUUCCCCAGCCAUGGCUCCUUCCUCCCCCAAAGGGGGCCCAGCAACUCCAUCUCCCAGAAGAGCCCCAGCUGCCCCACCUCUCAGAGGAGACCCUACUCCGCCAUCUGUGACUCCUCCCUCCCCAAAAAGAGCCUCAGCAACUCCAGCUCUCAAAGAGGUCCCUACUCCCUCAGCUGUAACUCCUUCCUCCCCCCAAAAGUCUCUAGCCCCGAAAGGGGGGCCAGCAACCUCAUCCUCCAAAGGGGCUCCCACUCCCCCAGCUGUGAUUCCUCCCUCCCCCAAGGAGCCCUGUACUUCCCCAGUUUCAGUCACAUGUCCCUUGGGGUCCACUGCACCUCAGGCAUCUAAAGGGCCCCCAAUAAAGAAAGGCCCCACAGCUCUCAAAGCAGUGCUUGAUGCUCCAGCUCUUGAAAGUGCACCAGUCGUCACAGCUCCCACUCAGAAGAAGAGUUCUGUUUCACCUCCUGUGUGCCCAGAUCCCUCAGCUCAGAAUGGUACUAAAGGAUCCCUUCCUGCAGUGGCUCCAGCUCCUCUACUGACAGUCUGCACUCAGAAAGGUUCUUCUCCAAAGGCUCCAAAAGCCCUCCCUACUUCUCUCUUAAAGGGCAAAGACUCUUUCCAUUCCCCAAAGGGCCCCUUGGCUCCUCCUGAGUCUGAGACGUCUACCCCUUCAGCAGCAGCUGCCCCAGAGAAGGUCCUUCCUAAAGCUGGAUCUGCAUCUGUCUCUCCAGCACCUACCCCAUCAGUCUCUCUGCCUCUUGCUCCCUCCCCAGUUCCCCCUCUGCUCCCUAAACAGCAAUCUCUGCCGUCCUCACCUGGGCUGGUGCUGGAAUCACCCCGUAAGCCCUCAGCCCCUGCUGAUGAGGAUGAGCUGCCGCCUCUGAUUCCCCCGGAGCCAAUCUCGGGGGGAGUGCCUUUCCAGCCGGUCCUCGUCAACAUGCCCACCCCUAAACCUGCUGGGAUCCCUGCCCCAACCCCCUCUGCCAAGCAGCCUGUUCUGAAGAAUAAUAAGGGGUCUGGAACAGAAUCUGAUAGUGAUGAAUCAGUACCAGAGCUUGAGGAACAGGAUUCUACACAGGCAACCACACAACAAGCCCAGCUGGCAGCGGCAGCUGAAAUCGAUGAAGAACCAGUCAGUAAAGCAAAACAGAGCCGGAGUGAAAAGAAGGCACGGAAGGCUAUGUCCAAACUGGGUCUUCGACAGGUUACAGGGGUUACUAGAGUCACUAUCCGGAAAUCUAAGAAUAUCCUUUUUGUCAUCACAAAACCAGAUGUAUACAAGAGCCCAGCUUCAGAUACCUACAUAGUUUUUGGGGAAGCCAAGAUCGAGGAUUUAUCUCAGCAAGCACAGUUAGCAGCUGCUGAGAAAUUCAAAGUUCAGGGUGAAGCUGUCUCAAACAUUCAAGAAAACACACAGACUCCAACUGUACAAGAGGAGAGUGAAGAGGAAGAGGUUGAUGAAACAGGUGUGGAAGUUAAGGACAUAGAAUUGGUCAUGUCACAAGCAAAUGUGUCGAGAGCAAAGGCAGUCCGAGCCCUGAAGAACAACAGUAAUGAUAUUGUAAAUGCUAUUAUGGAAUUAACAAUGUAACCAUCUUGAAAAGAGGACCUUUUUUUGGUGUUUCAAAAGAGUAACUGCAGCUGGGUUUGAAAUUUGUACUGUUUCUAUCAUUAAUAAAGUUAUGGCUUCUUGUUGGAUGAA